UCUCGCCGGCCGGGACCCCGAACGGCUGCUUUGCUCUCCACUCCCCUCUAUAUAUCAGCGCUUUGCUCUCCCUCGCCCACGUUAGUUUUCUGCCGCGAGACUCUCUCUCUCUCACACGCACACAGCCCGCGGGGAAGCGCAGCCAGAGGGUUCCCUACGUGCGCGCGCUUGGCUUGUUACGCGAGCGAGCGAGCGAGCGUCAUACAUGGGGAAUUGCCAGGCGGCGGAGGUGGCGGCGGCCGUGGUGCAGCACCCGGCGGGGGGGCCUGGCGGGGGCUCGGGGCGCGUGGAGCGGCUCUACUGGUCCACGAGCGCGGCCGAGGUGAUGCGUGCCAACCCGGGGCAUUACGUGGCGCUGGUGACUCUCCGUGUCGCCGAGGACCGCGGCCAUGGCAACGGCAACAACAACGGCAGCGGCACGACCGUGCGGCGGCUCACCCGCGUCAGGCUGCUCAAGCCCAAGGAGCCGCUGCUGCUCGGCCACGUCUACCGCCUCAUCACCGCCCACGAGGUGACCAAGGCGGUGCAGGCGAGGAAGGAGGAGAAGCAGAGGAAGGGGCAGCAGCAGCAGCAGAUGGAGUAUCUGACGUCCAGGCUGCAGAAAAAGGCGCCGGCGGCGGCCACGGCAACGGAGGCGGAGGAAGACGACGUCGACGAGGAGGAGGCGGCCUUGGAUGAGAGUCUCGAUCAGAUGGGUGACCCCAUGCACGUUCUCUGCAUGAUUGAUGUUUGAUGUUGGCGCGCCAAGACAGCGCCCACCGGAGCUCCGGCGCCCGGCAGCACCGGCAAUGGCGGCCCUCGCUGCACAGCAUCGACGAGGCCGCGAGCUGACUGAUAUGCCCCGGUGUUCGUCUCGUCUGACGGCCCCAAAUCAAGAUGAGAAGAGGACGGCCGCUCCCGAAGUGACUCGGUCGAUCGGAGCGCGUCCUGGAUCCGUGUGUACAUUAAUCUACACUGUUAUGUUAGUGAGAUUGCUUCCUUUCUCGAUACGUUUGAUGAGAGAAGUUCAGAACAAGAGUAGCUAAUUUUUUUCCUUCUUCUUCUUCCAAAUUCUAAUGGUUAUACUGCUACUACGAUCAAGAGAUGCCCUGUACCUGGUAGUGCUGCGAUUUUUACGAACGGGACACGAGCGCAUCUCAUGGGUGUGGCUUUUGAAAUACACACAUUGAUUACUCUCUGUUUUA